AUGGUGAAGCCCGAAGUCCACCAUCUGCAAGAAUCCAAGACCAGAAAAGGGAGCCGGCCAGGUUGUCUUCGGGCGGCCCCGAAAGGGGAAGGCAAGGCCUUCCAGUCCAGGCGCCACUCCAGCGGGUGGGUAGGUGAGCGGGCCAGUCCUGAGGCGGCAGGUGAGGAGGCGGCCAGGGCGACGGUCGUUCAAAGGGCCUCUGCCCCACCGGCCCCCCUCCCGCCGCCCGAGCGCCAAAGCGCCAGCCAGCGCGAGAAGCUCCGCAUGCGGCACCUGGCCCAGGCCCUGCACGCCCUGCGCCGCUACCUGCCGGCCUCGGUGGCCCCCGCCGGGCAGAACCUCACCAAGAUCGAGACCCUGCGCCUCGCCAUCCGCUACAUCGCCCACCUCUCGGAGCUGCUGGGUCUCAGCGAGGAGGAGCUGGCGCGGAGGGGAGCGGCCCGGGCUCGCCCCGGCUGCCCGCUGUGCCCUGCGGGGCUCGGCUGCUGUCAGGCCGAGAGCGGGCCCCUGCCGGACCCGCAGGCC